AUGAAGACAUUAAUAAAUAUACCAGCAGGUGGUUGUGGAGAAGAUGGAACAACACGAGGGCUAGCGGAUUCAAUAAAUCCACAAACACGUUUAAAUUUUUUACUUAAUCAUUAUUCACCAAAUAAUGGUUAUAUAACACCAACUAUGGGACGACGUGUUAUACAAGAUAUGACAAAUUUAUAUGGUAUUAAUGCUGAUUAUCAACAAGUAUGGAGAAAUCUAGAAGCUAAUUGUGCUCUACAAAAUGGAUUUGUACCACAAGAAGCAUUUACAAACUAUUUUAUAAAUCAUCCAGCUUAUUCAGCUGCUUUUUAUAAUGGUGUACAAGUACCUAUACCACCUCCAUCUCCACAAUUAUAA